CAGUACUGAAUGUCAGGCCACUAGCUCUCUUCAUUGGAUAAACCCUUCUGCUGCCUCUGAAUAAGGGGCUGGAUAUAUGAAGGGUGGCCCAAGGACUGGGCCGAUAAUGGUCAACAAGGCAGAUUCUUAUUGGUUAUUGGCCAGAAACCAGGUGACAGAGGAGCACGGACAGCUCCAACAAGCCACAGGACACACAGUAUGUUGGUUUAAAUCAGCAGGGGUCUGACCAUGGUGGAGGAGAAUAAUAACGGGAUAAACAAAGACACAGACCCUCGUAUUCAGCAGAAUAGACCCGCUUUGUCAGGGGAAUUAAAGAUCAAGAAAAAGAUGAAGCUGGUGCCUCCUUCUCUGGGCAAGUUCAGACCAGUAGUGGGCCAGUGCUGCCACCAGUGUACCCCUGACAGUCUGCGCAAGAAGCUUGAGCAAAACACUUUCCUUGGCUUCAACAACCUGCUGAGUGUCACCGAAACACAGACCAGAUAUCGAGGCUGGCUGGUGCGGAGGUUGUGCUGUGCCUUAUUUGUGAGUGGGUGCAAGGUUUAUGGGAGUCCUGCUAGCGACAGGCUGGACAGAAUCUGUCAAAGUAACAGGGUGACGGAGGUGCUUGCAGCAGACCAUAAAGCACCAGAGGGGGACGAAGGCCAAGGGCAGCUAAGUCGUCUCUCACCAUUUCUUCCCCUCAUUAACACCUGCAUUUCCCCAGGCCUCUUAAGAUUCAUGGGCUGGGUGAUGCUGAAGGUGUUUGCCUGUGUGUUUGGAAGUGUUCAUGUUAACCUCAACCAUCUGUCAGCCUUGCACAAAGCCUCACAAGAGGGCUCUCCGCUGGUUUAUGUGUAUGUGCGUCACAGCGCCAUGGACUGCGCUCUCGUCCCUCUCGUGCUCUUCUGUCACAACCUGAGAGUACCAUACACUGUUUGUCCUCUCCGCAUUAACAACUCCUUCCUAAGAUCAGUCUUACAGAAAAUGGGUGUGAUCCUCCUGCCCUCUUCUGCUUUGACUGAGAUGGAAGCUGAAAUGGACACCCUCUACUCUCCUGUCAUGACUUCUCUGGUACGUGAGCUGCUACAUGAGGGUCAGGCGAUAAGUGUUGGUGUGUCAGCAGAGUCUGGCCAGGGUGGCCAGUGGCUGGCUCGCAUCAGGCAGCUCAUCAAAGAGGGAUCUGUCCCUGAUGUCAGUCUGGUCCCUGUGGGCAUUUCAUAUGACUGCGUGACCAACAUAAAGGUGGGCUUAAAGUCUGCUUUGCAGUGGCUCCUCCGGGGAAAACCGAGUGGAAGCGUGAGGAUCCAUUUCACCAAUCCCUUUUCUCUCAAGGAGAUGUGCGAGUCAGGGAGGUGCAGAGUGGAUGAAUGGCUCCCUCUACAGGACCUGUUGCUUCCAGUUAUCCUCAACAAAAGAGAUAAAUGUGUGUUUGGUAAGAGGCGGACAUCGUGGCUUCUGCCUUCUUCUCAUUAUCCAUCUGCACUUGAAGAACAAGGCUGUCCAGACAGAGACCUCAGCAUUGCUAUCAUCCUCCACCUCAUCUUCUCGGCAACUUCCUGCAUGGCUGUGAUGUCCACCAGUCUUGUGUCCAGUCUUUUGCUGUACAGGCACAGAAAGGGUGUGAGGGCAUCCGUCCUGUGUCGUGAUGUGGCUUGGCUGACAGAGGAAGUCCUAUUCAGAAACAGAGAUGUUGGAUUUGGGGGAAGUUUAGUGGAGGUUGUUCACUACUCGCUCUCUCUGCUCACCCCUCAUCUCAUUAUUGCUGCAGCACCAUCUAGUAAAAACUCUGUCUCCAUUAGGAAAGACCCUCUCAUUGUGCCCCGUCCCUCGUUUGCUGCUACACUUCACCUCUCCCUCCAGGCCCAGACGGUGACACACACCUUUAUACUAGAAGCCAUUGGAGCAUGUGCAGUGUCAGCCAUGCUGUGCGAGGUGGUUUUCAGUGGUGUGAGCAGCCGGGUGAGGACUGAUGGCGUGGAGGGAGAGGAGGUCAAAGGUGACAUGGAGUUUGAUGUGGUGCUCUGCCAGACUGAGCUGACGGAGAGAGCCUUGCAGCUUUGCCAUCUCCUGCCUCCGGGCAUCAUGCCACCCUGUCAGUCUUCCCAGAGUUUUGCUCUGGAUGCUGUCGACAGUCUGGUCCGCUGCGGCAUCUUGAUCAUGGAAGAAAUUCCCAGGGAUAUUCCCAUCUGUGAUUUCUGGAGGAGGGAGGGUGCUCUGACCUGGACUACCAGUGAUGACCCCUAUCAAAGUGACUCUGACUGCGAGGAGAAAGACCUGCACUCAUACAAGAUAAGCCAGCCAAGUCAGUGUCCGGAGAUGCUCUUCUUCCUCUGCAGUAUGCUAGCGGGACAUCUGAGGGCGCUCUGCUGGACCACUGCAGCACUGGACCUCAUAAACACUCCUCUGGCUGAAGCAGAGUUUGUAUCCCAGAUACACUCCUACCUGUGUGAUACUGCAAAUCAGAAAAAACAGCACUAUGAGAGCUGCUCAGAGGAGGCGGCACGUACUGCAGUUAGAACACUAAUAGACCUCGGGGUCAUUUUGGAGGAGCGUCAGACGGGAGGCGUCGUCCUGGGUGUUAGUCCUUUGUUCCAGUUGUCAGAAAACAGGCAGAAGCUGCACCGCUUCAUCUCACAGUACCUCUACAAUUAAUGUGUUUAAAAGAGCAGCGUGAUUCAAGGCCUUGACUCGGCUUUGUUCUGCAACAAAAAACCAAACUCAUCCUCAGUUAAUGUUGGAGGAGCCUCUGUUCUUUAAAAAAAAAAAAAAAGACAGUUAA